CGAUCACAGGCGAAACUACGAAAGCCUGGAACACAAAACUGAUGUCGAAACUGGACCCGCGUCAGGUGGGAGCCCCAAAAGAGCCAUAGUGAGCCGACCCAAAAAGAGCCAGAUGCAAAGCCGCUGCCGAAAGACAAGUCGAAGAGAAAUCGACGAACGCCAAAGCCAAAGUCAGAUCUCCGGCUUUUUCACGAAAACAAACGAAAGAGCUGAGGAGACAGGCUAAAUACGGGGAAUGUGAACCCCAACAUUGACAAUUUUGCGCAACAAAAUUUUCCAGAAGAAUGGGAAGUCCCAGCAUAGAAGAUCUUCCCGACGUGGUCAUCGAGUAUAUAUUUUGCUACUUAUCGCCGUACAGGGACCUGAAAUCAUGCAGGCUGGUCAGCAAGGCUUGGUACGCUCAUGUCGAAGCUGCGACAAGAAAAAUUCGCCGGGAGUUCCUCAAUGCCGUGUCCCUGCAAGACGUGGUCUGGGUUCAGAAGGCUCCAGAGUCUGGGCCGACGAUUUCCAAGCGAUACUCACACAGUGCCUGCGUAUUGGGAGAUUCAAUGUUUGUCUUUGGUGGCUGUACGACGGCAAACACGACGUUCAACGACCUCUGGCGGCUCGAUUUGGCCACGCGACGUUGGAUUCGACCGCUCAGCAUGGGCACUUAUCCCCCUCCUAAGGCGUGUGCAUCGCUCGUGUCUUAUAAGGACAACUUGCUUCUGUUUGGUGGCUGGACGCAUACCUCACCCUACCCACUUCAUCAGACUUGGCGGAUUUUCCGGCACCUGCACAUAUACAACAUAGCUGCAAAUCGGUGGACACAAGUAAGCACUGUGGGAGGCUGUCCAUCUAUGGCUGGUCACUCAGCUACAACACAAGGCUCUCUCAUGGUUGUUUUUGGUGGCCUGCAUUGCAUAAACCCUGUGGGGCCAUUCUCAAGCUCGAACGAAGUAUGGGUACUGGACCUUCAAACUUACAUGUGGCAGAAACAGAACACAACACAGCCAAAGCCAAGACCACGUUAUGGCCAUUCUCAAAUAUCACUCAGUGAUAAACACAUGCUUAUCAUUGGCGGGUGUGGCGGACCAAACACUUUGCUGAAUGAUGUCUGGCUGCUCACCAUUCCGGACAAUCCAGAGAUGCCCUGGGAGUGGAAACAAGUUGUAGUGACAAAUAGAGAGUUUGCAGCUCCACAACUGUCUUUUCACCCAGCGUGCAAGGUAGGCAACCGAGUAGUAGUGCUGAGUACAGCUCAGCGCACCUAUGCUAAACCUUCCAGUCUACAUGGAAUGCUUGGUGUACGACCACCAUCUCGUACUUGGGUUCCACCGAGGCAGGAUCCAGAAGCAAGGGCUAGAGCAGCUGCGAGCCACCAGCAACAAAAGGAAACGUGCGUAAACGGAACACGUGGAGUGUUAAAGCGACCGCUGGCUUCGUCGUCGGGAGCGUCGCCAGCUGGCCCAAGCACAUCAUCUGCAGGCUGUUCCAAAGACAGGGGUCAGACUGGAAGUUCGAGCGAUGCAAGUGAGGAUGAGUCUGGGGACAGGUCACCUCAGCGCACGUACAAGAAGACUGCCCUGGGCAGCGGCAGCGCGGCAGAAACGAGUCAAGAAGGGUCUGCAGGGGAGCAGGAGCAGCCCAGGCCCUCGAUACGUCCCAAUGCGCGGAGGGAUAGGCAACGACAGUUGGAGGUUCUCGACCGGAUGGCGCAGAGGCUCAGGGACCUCAGGGCAGCAGGGUCUCAACAGCAGCAUCAGGUUUCAACAGGGCACCAUCGUCGAGCAUGUCUCAUGCACUUAUACGUGCUAGACGUGAGCCGCGUGACAGACAGCGCGGAGGCAUCGUGGCUCCCUCUUCAACAGAGGCAUCGCCCUUCCCCCUCAACUGUAGAAGAAGUUAUUCUCUACUCUCUAGUGCUUGGCCGUGGAGAGCUCAUCCUCUUUGGAGGUAUCCAGAGGGACUCAGUCAACAGACCGGAGGAUGCGGACACGGUGCAAGAAGUCGUUUCAAGUUCGGUGUACUUCGUUACUUGUAAACAUGUCACGAUAUAAUCACCUGUGAUCGCUGCAUUGCAAGCUUCGUGCAGCAGCUCUUCUCAGCGACUUAAAAAUUCAUCACUGCCAUAUUGAGGAAAUAGCUGCGCAAUAUGAGAUAAUUUAAGCACGGCUGCUGACCUGUAACAGAGUUUGCCAACGUCCUCGCAGAGAAUCACUGAUGUAAAAUACUUUAUUGUAAUUAUUACGAACCAAAGAUGUACAUGUGCCCAAUUUCCCCGUCGGCAACUGUGCUCACUUAAGAAACGCAGGUCGUGUGUGAAGGAGUAGUGGCCACUUGUACUACAUUUCUGAAGACGAAGGUAAUGUCCUGAGAGGCUGAAGCCAAGUGUGGGUCCUGCAAAGACCCAAAAUUUAGGAUUUCACCUUUUUAUAAUAUAAGUAGAGCCUGAAGUUUUCGGGAAAUAUUUUUUUCUAAAUUCGGGGGUUAAAAAUCGGGUAAAUAAACAUGUGCACUAAAUUCAUGCGAAUUCGGGUGAAAAAAACUUCCAGUAGGCUAAAUUCGGGGGGAAAUCGGGCUCAGUUACUCAAAGUAACUGUAGUAGUUUGGUACAAACGGUGAUGUAACUGCAUUUGCUGCCAAACAAGUAAGUUAGUGCAUUCCUACAGACAUCCAAGUGAGGGGCAAUUUGCCAGGCAAAAAUCGGGUUUCACCCUAAAGAGGCAACCUUCAAUUCGGGGUGCAAAUUCGAGGAAGAAUCGGGUAAAACCGUAAAACUUCAGGCUUCUAAAUAUAAGGAGACAAAGGCGUUUCAUAGUGCAAGAAAACCUUGAGCCUCGAGGCCACGUAAAAGACGAACACGCGCGGAAGACUUUUACGUGUCUUGGAGGUCGAGGUUUUCUUGCACUAUCGAUCCUCACCAGCUAGCUGCCAGCCGUCCUUUCAGUCAUCUCAGAGACAAAGGCAUUGCCAGCUGUUUUCCCCAACAAUAAACAUGCAUCUGUGACCUCA